UACUAAAACGGGUGUAUCAUAUAAAAUGUAGAUCCUACAUAUCUGCACUGAGCGACGACAGAAAAUACCUUGAACGGCUUUUGAUUAGCGGAAUAAAUUGACUAACUACUGAAAAUAAACUAGUCUUCUAUAAUCCGAAAUUUCUUUUAUUCUGAAAACGAAAAUACCCAUGUUCUUAACAUUAUUUCUACUACAAAUUUCUAGUUCGUUUUUAAAAUUAUUAAUGACGUUUUAAGCAUGUCUUCAAUAAAGGUUUUUAGAGGAAUAUUCUUAAAAAAAAAUAAAAACUUUUAAACCUUCUUUAUCUUAAGUUUCGAAUUCGGUUCGGUUCGGUUCGGUUCGGUUUAAAACUUUUUCGGUUCGGUUCGGUUCGGUUCAAAGUUUUGAAAAAUUCGAUCGGUUUGGUUCGGUUCGGUUUGAGAUCUUUUCGGUUCGAUUCGGUUCGGUUCCAAAAAACACGAACCGAUCCCAUCACUGGAAUGUAGCAUGAUUUAGAGAUUUUUUUUCUAAAAUAUUUAGACACUACCACUACCACAACAACAACAACAACAGGAACUGCUAUUUUACCUGGCCAACUAUGUACAACAAAUUAUUGUCUAAAUGGAGGAACUUGUAUUCUUCUACCUGGUAAUAGUUUCAAUUGCACUUGUCCUUCAGGUUAUACAGGUCUCUUAUGUGCAUUGCCAGUAUCUGUUGUUAGUCCAACAAUUACGGGACUCUGUAGCAUAGUUAAUCCUUGUUUGAAUGCUGGUGUAUGUGUACCGACAUUAUUUGGAUAUCAAUGUCAAUGUUCUGGCAGUUUUACUGGAACUGAUUGCCAAAUAAAUACAGCUCUUGGAAUACUAAAUCAAUGUCUAACAAAUCCUUGUCAAAAUGGUGGUAGUUGUUAUCUGACUCAAAAUGGUUCUGCUUGUGUAUGUCCAACAGGUUAUAGUGGAGUACUUUGCGAAACAAGUUUAUCUGCUAGCAAUCCAUGUUAUAAUAGACCAUGUAAAAAUGGAGGAAUAUGUCAAGUAGUUGCUCCUUUUACAUAUCGAUGUGUAUGUUUGAUUGGUUUUCUUGGUGUUCAAUGUGAUCAACGUGUAUGUGAUCCAAAUCCAUGUUUAUAUGGUGGUAUAUGUCUACCAUAUGGAAAUAGUUUUCAAUGCCAAUGUCCAGCACAAUAUACAGGACGUUGUUGUGAAUUUUUACUUGUAACUACAGCAGCACCAAAUCCAUGUACUUCCCAACCAUGUCUCAAUGGUGGUACUUGUUCACCAACAAUAUUUGUUUGUUCAUGUACACCAAGUUAUUAUGGUUGUUUUUGUGAAUUACGUAAUUAUUGUCAACCUAAUCCAUGGUAUUACAAUGGUGGUACAUGUAUUGCUACAACAAAUGCUUACUUAUGUCAAUGUGCAUAUCCUUAUUCGGGCAGUAAUUGUGAAAUAGUUUUAUCAACUCGAGCUCCUCAAUCUACUUGUGCUUGUGUUAUUUGUCCAUGUCCAACAGCAACUGUUACAACAUAUAAUCCAUGUAUUCCAAAUCCAUGCCAGAAUAGUGGAGGUUGUAGUGUUGUUCAAAAUACUGCUCAGUGUUUUUGUCAACCAGCUUUUACUGGUUAUUACUGUGAAUAUCGUGAGUUAUAG